AUGGCGCAAGUGAAAGCAGCACGGGCCACGAGGGAGGCCGUGCCCACGGUGUCCCGUGUGGCCAUCAUCGGCAGCGGGAUCAGCGGGCUCGCGGCCGCCAAGCAGAUGGCGGCCUACGACCCCGUGGUGUUCGAGGCGACGCCGUCCGUGGGCGGGGUGUGGAAACACUGCGUGUACCGCACCACGCGGCUCCAGACGCCACGCGCGAACUACGAGUUCUCCGACUACUCAUGGGGCAACCGUGACGACCCGGCGUUCCCGACCCACACCGAGGUCGUCGACUACCUCGAGGGCUACGCCGACGAGUUCGAUCUCUGGCGCUACAUCUCGUUCGGGUCCAAAGUGGUGGACAUCAAGUUCCUUGGCGGCGCCGAGGCCGGGUUCACCGAGCGGUGGAGCGGCACCGGCAAGGCUCCGCUCCAGGGCAAGCCCACGUGGGAGGUCGGCGUCGCCACCGGCGGCUCCGGCACUGUUCAGUAUUACAAGUUCGAGUUCGUGGUGAUGUGCACGGGGAAGUACGGCGACGUGCCGCGGAUGCCGGUGUUCCCGCCGGGAAAGGGGCCGGAGGUGUUCAAGGGGACGGUGAUGCACUCGGUGGACUACUGCAAGCUGAGCAAGGAGGAGACCGUUGAGCUGAUGAGAGGAAAGAAGGUUGUGGUGGUUGGGUACAAGAAGAGCGCUAUCGAUCUAGCCAACGAAUGUGUUCAGGCAAACCAAGGCGACGGCGGGCAGGCGUGCACGAUGCUGGUGCGGACCCUGCAUUGGAUGGUGCCGUCAUACGCCAUCUGGGGCUUGCCAUUCUUCCUGUUUUACUCGACACGUUUCUCCCAGCUCUUCUACGAGCGGCCCAACCAGAGCUUCUUCAGAUCCCUCCUCUGCCGCCUCAUGAGCCCACUGCGGGCAGGGGUGUCGAAGUUCAUCGAGUCGUACCUGUUGUGGAAGCUGCCGCUGGGCAAGUACGGUCUGACGCCGGACCACCCCUUUGUCGAGGACUACGCCAGCUGCCAACUGGCCUUCCUCCCGGAGGGCUUCUUCGACAUGGCUGACCACGGCCUGGUGCGCUUCAAGAGGGCCCCCGACGGGUGGUGGCUCUCGGAGAUCGGCGUCGUCCUCGAAGACGGCACCGGGGUGGAGGCCGACCUCGUCUUCCUCGCCACCGGCUUCGAGGGCACGGACAAGCUCCGCGAGGUCCUCCCUAAGCCCUUCCGCGGCCUCCUCGUCCCCACGAACAAGGACGUACAGUUCUGCAGCGACGUACAUGUCAGCUUGGCGUCAGAGGGCUAG